ACCGCGUCAAUGAACUGGCCAACAACCUGACCAUCCACUCGGAGCAGCUGCAGGAGAUGGAGACUGACAUGGACUACCUGUACACACAAUUCUACCAGAACGUCAGCACUGCCGGAGACUGUGACUGCAAGGCAUUCACCGCCUCCUUCUCCCGCCUGGAGCAGGGCCUGACCAACGUCACAGAGCUGGCCAACGACAAUCGGCUGGCCCUGGAUGGAGGUACCGAUGCUGAGUCGGCGCACUGGGGUCCCUCUGUGGACGACGUCAUGGCCUCCCUGGCCUUCGAGCAAGAAAAGAGCAGAACUCUCCAACACAACCUGACUCAGCUGAUGACCUCAGUCCUGGYCAGCCACAGGGACGUGCUCAGCCUGCAGGAGAGCGACAAGAGGUUGGCGGCUGAGAUGCGCCACCUCUCCAGCUCCUUUUACUCUUUGUUGAAGGACGCCAUCCGCCACACUGAAGUGCUAGAGAUGCUCCUGGGGGAGGAGGUGAUGGGGUUCAUGGACUGGCCCCUCCACGAACAGGAGGCUCACUCCAUCCCCGCGCUGCAGAAGAGGCUCCAGCACAUGCAGCAGCAGAUCAGGGGCCAGAACCUCAGCCUCACCACCUUGCUGGAGGCUGCCCGGGGAGAGGAAGUCCCGUCCUCAGACGAGCCCUCCGUGCUAGUAGACUUGGCCUCCCGCGGGCUGAAGAGAAGGAGUGGAGACCAGAGGAGUGACCACCUCAUGGACUCAGCAGCCUCUGAGGACCGGCAAGACUACUCGGACAGUGACCUGUUGAGCCUUGAGAAAGCAGUGGAGGAGCUGGGGGAGAAGGUCAACAGGCUGGAGUACAGGCCUUGCCCCGCCAGCUGCAACAUCACCAAAGACAGCGCCUCUGGUGGUGUGGAGGCCAAAAUGCAGGUGGAGGUGGCCUGGCUGAGGAAGGGUCUAGAGAAUCAUCUGCGGCUCUUUAAGAAUGUUUUCAGUAACUCAGAGGGGCUGGCCGAAUCAGAGAGCACCCUGGACCUGGACCAGCUGUGGGCCCUGAUGAAGAGGAAGGAAAGGAAGAGACAGAGGAAGCGCAAGGACAAGAAAGAGGGGAUAAAAGAUCAUAUUGGAGAGCGCGCUAACCUUCGCAGCAGGAGGGAUACAUCAGUUCUAUCCAAGCUGAGGGACAGUCCCCUGAUGUUUCUGGCCAGAAGCAUACAGCGCAGCAGACCAAGUGACAGCCUGCUGGUGUCGGAGGACACAUCCCUAAACCUCGGCCAGAUGUACUCCACUCACACUGGGAUGUUCCAAGCACCUUUAGCAGGGGUCUACCUCUUCGUGCUGACACUGAACUUUGAACCUGGUCCCUCGCUAUCUGGGCUGAGGAGAGAGAAUGGGGAGCUGGCUGCCACUCUGCAUCAGGACAAGAUGGCAUCGUAUGGUCCCGUCACCCGUGUGUGUCUCCUACAGCUGCUACAGCCUGCGGCAAAGGGAGUGGAAAAG